AUGAGCACCCCGAAAGAAAGCAAGAAACGCAAGUCGAACGCACUGGACGAAGCAUGCCUGGAGUUGAGCGAAGAAAUAGAGAACGGGGAUGUGCACAAAGAGGAGGAGAAAGAACAAGAAGAUGUAGAAACGCAGUUUAGUAACUGGAAAACAAAUAGUGGUUUGUUAUACGAUUUUGUAUGUAGAAAGGAGUUGGAGUGGCCAUCAUUAUCUAUCGAUUUUGGUGAUUUCCAUAAUGAGAAUAUUGAAGAUAAUGUAUUAAAUCAGUUAGUUUGUGUUGGUACUCAUACAUCAAAUAAAGAACCAAAUUAUUUGUAUGUAUGUGAUGUACUAUUUCCAUUAGAACAAUUAGCACAAGAAAAGUGCAUAUAUAAAAUUAACGAAAAUUAUGAAGGUUUUGAUUUUUGCUGUGAGAAAAAAAAAUUUACUAUAAAAUCGAAAAUUGCACAUACAGGGGAAGUGAAUAGAAUAAAGUUUUUACCAUUAGAAAGAAAAAAUAUUGUUGUGACAAAAGCAAUUGAUGGAAAUCUUCACUUAUUUGAUAUAAAUAAACAUAAAAUCGAAACAAAUGAUGAUAAGAUGAAUCCUGAAGUAUCUUUUGUUGGUAAUAACUCGGAUGGUUUUGGACUAGAUUUUAAUGCUUAUAAAAAAUUUGCAUUAACUUGUAGUAAUGAUGGAAUGAUAACAGUAUAUGAUUAUAAUAAUUUAUCUUCUAAAACUGUUAAUCCAUUUUAUAAAGUACAAUACAAGUCCCCUAUAAAUGAUGUUUCUUCUCUUAAUGAUCCUAAUUUAAUUUUAGCUUGUGCAGAUAAUGGAUAUAUUUUAGUAUACGAUAUUAGAGUAAAAACAACAGAACCUGCUCAACAAGUGUUAGGUCAACAAGUACCUGUUAACUGUAUUGCUUUGAAUAGAUUUACAGGUCAUUUUGCUUCAGGUAGUGAAAAUGGAAAAAUUAAAAUAUGGGAUAUUAAAAGAUUUAAUGAACCACAGCAUAUUAUAAAUGCACACAAAGAAGCUGUUAUUAGAUUAAAUUUUUCACCUAAUGAUUCCUCUCUUCUUGCUUCGGCUAGUAAUAAUCGUUUUAUUAACAUAUACGACUUAAACAAAAUUGGGGAAGAACUUGAUGCUAUUGAUUUAUCCGAUGGACCUUCUGAACUCAUCUUCUCUCAUGGUGGACAUACACAACCGAUUACAGAUUUUAAUUGGAAUCAUCACAAGAAAUUAAAGAUGUUCAUAGGAUCCACUGGGGAGGAUAACACUCUCCAGUUUUGGCAGCUCAAGACCGAAUUACUGGACGAGGUCAACACGAUACCCACGUCGAACACGGAUGUGGAGUAG